AUGUCGACCUAUUCGCCCGAAAAACGGCAGAGCAAUAGCUCAACGCCUAUACGAAAAGGUCGACAUGCUAGAACACCAGCAGUGACGGGAAGUGGUAGUGAUGCUGGAAGGCAUCUAUCCAUAGGAACAAUCAACGCAUUACCUUCUUCAACUAUGGGAUUACCGCCUGGUGUGGACCCAUUACGAUUGGACGCAGAUGAAACGUUUACACGAUUUGGAGUGAGGGAAGUACAAUCGAUCGAAGCAAGUUUACGUACAUCUCACGAUGCUCUGACUUCUAGAUUGCGUGUUCUCGUUUCGGAACGAUAUCGAGAUAUGUUGGGAACGGCAAACACACUGAUCGAUAUGAGCUCAAGUUCGUCAAAUCUGGUGGAGAGAUUAGAGAGUGUGAUGAAAGGGAUACAUAGUGCAUCUGCAAAUACAGGUAGCUCCACAGAUGGACUGACAGGUCUGUUAUCUCCAGUAGAAGAGAAAGACGUAGAGGCUGUAUCGGGUGUUGCACAAGAACGACAUAUCGACUUAUUCGCCAUCGCAGCAGCAACAAAGUUGAUCGCCGAAGCACCAGAUGAAGUUUGGACGUCAAUCGACUCAGCAAUGCAGACGAGAAAUGGUCAUCAUGCACUAUCUCCAAAUUCAGCUGGAUCAAGUAAGAGGAGUAUGUUGCAAGGCAGAGAUUUGAGUGAAUAUCAAGCAGCAACAAAUUUGCGUGCGAUUUGGUUCUUUGUGCUUUCGAAUGCAUCUUGGUCAUGGCUGCAAGAGAAACAUUCCAGCACGUAUGAUAAAGAUGUCCAAGACCUUUUUCCGUACAUCUCUCGUCAACACUCUGCUCUGAUGCCAAUGAAGAGCUAUCUCUCCAAUGCAGCAGAGGCUGGGUUGUCGGAUUGGAUGGAGGAAGGGCAUGGUGAUUGGGUCCACUCAUCUGCAAGUUAUCUCGCUACUAUCACAUCACUAAUAAGUCUUUGUCUGCUUGAAGGACAUCCGGUUGAGCAUACCUUUUACCUUGAGAAGAGAAAGGAUACGCUCAUCUCUCGUCUCAGAUCUUCGCGAAGAAAGGCAAGCAAUGAUGAACUGAUCGUCUUUGUUGUUCGAUAUAUCGCCGACACAUUGAUACACUCACUCCGGGCAUUUUCAAUAAGCACCAAAGAGCAGAAUUCACACUUGACAAGGCUGUGUGACAUGCUGAAAAGCUCCGAUCAGGACAGAGUCUCGUUUCCGCCAAGCGGUCUUUCGGUUCUCUUGACUUUACCAUCAGCAGCAAUCCUCUCGAAGCAUUUGCCGGAGGAAAUCCUUGCGUAUUCGCCUGACUUGAAGGCUCACUCUACGAGUAAGAAUGAAAACAUCUUGCAAGAAACCAAGAAGUGGUCCAGCAAUCUUCGGGAUGAAUCAUUAAGCCAAGCUAUACCGACCAUUAUCGAGAAGUUUAGCACAGUUGCCAAGAUUGGCGAAAUUCAGGGAAAGAUUUGGAGUGUAUACGAUAAAUGUUGCGCAGAAUCGGCGGCUUUGUGGGGAAGCUCAGAUACAGAGAUAGGUCAGGUGGUGCAGGAUGAAUUGUCAAAGCUUGUUCAGCAUAUCGAUACAUUGCUAGUCAAUCGUUUGAAGCAAAUUUGCAAAUUAUCAGGUGAAGAACUCUCAUCGUCUUUUGUUAGUAGUACAUCGGAUGCAUUACAGGCGCUGAAGAAUGAUAGCAAUGCAGAAGCCAGCAUGGAUCUUGACUCGACACGAUUCUUAUUUGAGACAAGUACUGCAUCUGAUGCAUCUUCGUUGGAGUCCCUCGAGCAACGUCUAAGAACAAGGACAAAGCAGGUGCAGGAGAUUAUAUCCUUGGCAGAACGACGUGCCGAAUUGUUUGCCAGCGAAACGAAAGCUUACACUACUGCCAUUCGACGUAGUGAAGAGAAAAGAGCUAGAAGAAAGGCAAAAGAGGAGCAGAAUGGAAAUCAACUACCCGGGUCCAAGAGUGCAAAACGAAAAGAACAAGAUGAUAUCUCUGCAAGCUUUGAGAUAUCGUUACAUACGGCAAAGAAAUCGAUCGCCGAAGGUUUGCAGGCAGCAAGCGGAAAUUUGAAUCAUUUACCUUCCAAUUUGUUCUUGAUUCGGCUUAUAGUCGCACUGCGACGUAGUUCCAUUUUCACCGCUGCAAGUGUUCGAUCGCAGAAAACGGAUGGCAUCCCAUCGAAGGAGGAAGACCACUUUUUGCAGAGCUUGGAAAAAGUGCAAAAGGGACUCAUCUCCAGUAUUUCUGAUAAGAUGGUGAAAGAAGCAUUAGAAAUCUUCAAUGAACGGAUAGAUGGAAUAGCGCCAGAACAUAGUGAAGGAUUGCCUGUCUUCCCAUCUUCUAGCCUGCUAGACGCUUUGUCGUUGUUAUCACGCAGUUCCCAAUCGGUCGGCAUCGGAUAUCGUAGCGAAGAGACAAAAUUGCGCAAGGAAUUGAUGAUUUCGUUCUGUGCAGGGUGGCUAAAAAUUGAUCAGUACACAUCGCAAAGUCAACGUUUGUUUGAUUUGGAGCUCUUACAAGUCAUUCUCGGAUUUGGAAGCGAUUUGAAGAAUGUUGUGGAUGUGUCACUGAAGCAUCUCGGGGACGAGUUGAAGAACCUCAAAGAGAAUAUAUUGUCUGCAAGUGGUAUCGAUACUAAACAAUGGUCGCAACACACCUCGACCCAUCUACCGCCAAUCUUAUCGCGCAUUCGCUUAAUCAUUGCUUCGAUCAUCGUCAAUGAAGGUGUUUAUGUUCGUGCAAUGAAGUCGAAUACGUCUACAUCUUCCAAUUCCACUGGCACUUCUAUACCCAGCCAAAUCCCUCCUUUGCCGUUGUUGCAACUAGCAAAAGCAAGAGAGUCUGUACCGCGCAUCAGACCUAGGGUGAUCACUUCAUCUCGAUAG